AUGGGGCGCGCAGCAGCAUCCUUCGUGCUCAAUUUGAGCAGCGGGGCUUCGGACGAGGAGAUCCCCUUGGCGCAGGAGGAGCGGCUAGGCACUGACGGCGGAUAUGUGCAGCAGCCAUUAACAGGGCAGUGGGCGCAGGAGCGGGAACGGGAGAGGCCAGAACGGGAGAAGAAGCCGCGGCUAGUCAGGGUGCAGCUGUCGGUGCACUACCGCGUGCACUCGCGCCAGAUGCUCUGCAUCGGGGGCUCGCAGAUACCAUUUGGCUGGUCGUUUUUGAGCAUCGCUAAGGUGCCCAUGACGUGGCUGCAGGGUGACGUGUGGCAGGCUGAGGUGUUGUUGCCUGCGGGGCAGCGCAUCGAGUACAAGUACGUUAUCUUGGAGGAGCAGGAUUGGAUCAAGCUUGAGAACGAAGAUGCAGAGGGGCUGGUUGAGAUCAGCUACCGCAGCGGGACCGAGCCCGGGAAACCUCCGGACGUGCAGAUGAUUCAGAAGCAGAUGGCUAUUGUGGCAUGGCAGCCGGGGCCCAACCGCAUAGUGCAGGUCCCAACAGAGGAGGAGCUGGGCGCACUCGCCCUGGGGGAGGUGGUGGAGCGCGUCCCUGCGCGCCCGCCCCCGCGCUCCGUGCUGGAGGCCCCCCGGCAGCCCGACCCCUUUGAGGGCACCUGGGAGGCACUGGAGAUGGGCAAGGACGGGGAGCCGCUGCUGGACAGGCACGACGUGUGGGGCUGGACGCCGCCCAGCAGCGGCCGGCCCCCCAACAUGCGCAAUCUGCGGUUCGACAACUGA